GCGCCGGCCUGUCAGAGCCGCAGCAGAGGAGGAGCAGUGACAGCAGCCCACCCCGGGAAACUCUCUAGGAUUUGCCAUCACAGAAGGAGACAUCUAUCAAAUCAUCCUGAUCAUCAUUUUAGGUUCUUCUCCGCUCUUCUGAUGACAAUGCUAUUUUUUGUCAUCCAACACAAGUGAAGAAAAGCUUCCGUCAGCUCGAAACAAAACAAAAACCUUGAAUUUCUAUCAUUUGAACACAACUGUAACAAUCUUCGACAAUCUCAACACUCAAACAUGUCCAAGGACGACGCCUGUAAAGUGUCAUCUGCCAGCAAACACAAGGAACGAAAACCCAAGAAGCCUCACUACAUUCCACGGCCAUGGGGCAAACCUUACAACUACAAAUGCUUCCAGUGUCCCUUCACCUGCAUGGAGAAGUCCCACCUGUACAACCACAUGAAGUACAGUCUGUGUAAGAACUCCCUGUCUCUGCUCAUAGAGUCAGACUGGCCCUAUAAGAAGGGGAACAUCCUGCACCCGGACCAGCUGAGACCCUUUCAGCAGACGCAUGGGCUCCACAAUACUAGCAAAGAUGAACUCGAGGUGACCCGGGCUGAAGAAAGACAGAGGCAGCGAAGGACCCUCGAGGAAGAAGGAGAGGACAAAGACAGCCAGGGACCAGAAGAAGAGGAAGAGGGAGGACAGGUAGAGGUUUCAGAGGUCACAGGGUUGACUAAAGAGGGCUCUGCUAACAACAGCAACAGAGGAGAUGCUUCUGACCCCAAGAAAUCCAAACCACCAGACUCUGACCUUCUCAUGGCUGAUAUGCUCUCCCUUGAAGACCAGCUUUUACGGGCGCGCUCAGUGGAAGUAGAAGCCCAGCUGAAGCACUACAAACUAUCCAAGACAUGUCUAACGGCCCCUGGCCUACUGUCAGAACAGUGGCGACUGCUAGCAUCCAGCCACACCAAAGCUAAAGCCGAACCCAGAGUGAGUAGCUCAAUCCCUUGUUACCCCCCUCCGCCAAACCUGGUGGACUACCAAGACCCCACUGGACUCAACCUGUCAGUGCUCGGGGUGGGAUAUCCCAUCAGCCCUGGCCUCUUCUCAUACAUGAACUCAGCUCUUCCCACAGCUACCUCCGGUGUCACCGCCCAGACCCACGCUCAGCUCGCCCAGCUUCCCUUCCUGGCUUCGGCCGCUCAGUUGAUGCACCCGGCCUCCAGCGCACACACUCACAACGACAGAGCCCUCAUCCCCCCUCGGUUUUAUUACCCCUUCCUGUGUGAGCACACUUUUGGAGCAGCCUCCGGUCAGAGCGAUGCCAGUAAAGCGCUCAAGACAUCCACAAAUAGUGUCGAAGCAAACCCCUUGUCAGGUUUCCAGCCUAAAGUAAGUCUGUGGAAAGUGCCUGCUCUCCGACCGGGGACCACCGCGGUCCCCUCUGCCGGCUGGGUGUCACCUCAGAGGGACUCCCCCGACCAAAGCUACAGGCUACAGAGUGAUAAAAUACAAGCUGGAACCAAGGAGGGUAAAGCAAACUGGGGUCUCAAGAGGACAGGGGCUCCGGUGGGAAACCAUGAGGCACCUGUGGAGAAGAAGCCAAACAUGGGCUUUACUUUGGACCUUCUGAAGAACAUUCAGACAGGGUCGAGUCUUAAUGUGACGGCAGACAAACUCCUUUUUCAUAACAGUUUACAGGACGCUCAGCUUCAGACUCAACCUGCUGAAUUAUGGUACAACGAUGCUCUCACCAGUCCCAACAGCGAAACCUCCUCUCUGUCCACUUGUGGGGGACCCAACAUCCAGGACUCAGCUGCUUUGCGUACAGUGGGGGAGGGAGCGUCAGAGUCAGUUGCCACCCUCCUCGGUGACCUCUCCAAGGCGUUGCAGGACUACCAGGAGGCCGAACGCAAAAUCUCCCACCUAGAGAAGGAGGACCUCCCUGCCCAGCGCCACCUCUGGGAACACCUGAGCAAAAUCCGCAGCGAACUGUCCCACAUCCACCAAGCCCUAGAGCGGACAGCGCGCCAAAGUGACGGACCUCUGGAUCUCUCAGUCAAGAGGGACCAGAAUGAUUCGGCUGCUCAUGUUGACCAGGGCCUGAGAGAAGACGGCAGCUUCAGAGACACCACCACGGAGACGGAGGAGGAGGACGAGGAGCUGGAGGAGAAAAAGGACGACGAGGACGAUGAGAGUGAGAGAAAGGCGAUGAAGGCUUCGCUGGAGAGUCGGAAGCAGUCUUUGGACAUGCUGAUCAAGAUUAGUCAGGCAGGUGCGUCGGUGGUAAAUACAGAGGUCCUCACUCCUGGUGGUCUGUCCAUCAGAACCAGUCCAGCUGAAGCUCUGUGGCCCAGCAGAACCACCAAGUGUGAGGCCGACUCCAGCGUCCUCCUCUGCCCCGACGGCCGGUCAGUGGUGUUCACCGACAUCCCCUCCUCUGCCAAAACUCAGAAGAGACCCCCUUCUAUCCAGCGACUGGAAGCCCAGUGCCCUACCAGUCCUUUAACAGCUACAGACAAUUAAAGCUGUUUCCCUUCGUCUGUUUGUCCAUAAUACAGUUACAUUCACACAGUGGUUUAAUGCAGUUGUCUUUAUUAUUAUUGGCAUGCCUUUGAAUUUCACUGGCCGGAAGAGGACUGUCUCAUAGGACUCUUAUUCUUACACAAAUCUGAGACGUAGCACCUUAUUAAACAAGCUAAGAAUGAAUGAUAAAAUAUUUGAACGAGUGGAUUAUUACUGCACUAUGGACAUUGAUUGUUAUACAAUGAAAUCCUCCUAAGAACAAGUUGAAAAUGUAACAUCAGCUCUUAGCAUCAGUUUCCAUUAAAAGAAUAAAUAUAAUAAAACCAAUAAAGACAUGCUGAGAGACAAUCUUUUAAAUGUAUUUGUAUAUAUUGUAAUUGUUUGGAAUAAAUGUAAGUAAAAUGGUUUUAUAUGGA